AUGAAGCAAUUGACUGCUUUGGAUAUUUCAUCAAAUAGGAUUGGAGAUGGAGGUGCAAUGUUAAUUGGUGGACUGAAGAAUUUGAUUACAUUGCAAAUUUAUGAGAAUCAUUUAGGUCCUAAUGGUGCCAAGUCAAUUAGUGAAUUGAAACAAUUGACUAUACUUGAUAUUUCUCAUAAUAGAAUUAGAGAUGAAGGGGUCAAAUCAAUUAGUGAGAAGAUGGAUCAAUUGACUAAUCUUGAUAUUAGUUUUGUUGGAAUUAGUGAGAAGGGUCUUGUUCCUUUAGUUGAAAUGAAAAAUCUCAAAAUUUUGGCAUUUUACGAUUGCCAACUUUCUACAAAGCAAGCAGAAACUAUCAGCAAAAUGAAACAAAUAACUGAGCUUGAUAUUUCGUAUAAUCUAACAAAUAAUGAAAUAUUGAAAUCAAUUGGUGAGAUGAAGCAGCUUAUCAAACUGUAUCUUGUCAAGAAUGGAAUUACCUCUCACCAAGUAGAAAUUAUUAGUCAAUUGAAACAAUUGACAGUUCUUAAUAUUUCAGAAAAUGAAAUUAGAAAUGAAGGAGUUGUAUAUAUAAGUGGAUUGAAACAAUUGACAGAACUUGAUAUUUCAAAUAAUGGAAUUGGAUAUGAAGGAGUUUUAUCAAUUUGUAAAAUGACUCAAUUGACCAAACUCUCAAUUUAUAAUAAUCCAAUUCCUGAAGAAGCACUUAGAAUACUUGAUGGAAUGAAACAAUUUAGACAAUUAGUGACGGGAAUAUCUGCCUCUUACUAUUUGAGCAGUAUAGUUUCGAUAAGGUAA